AUCGUCGUCAUCACCACAUCCACGACCCCGGCCGCCGCAGCCGUGACACAAUACGUCCACCACGAGAACGACGGGCUCGCACCAGGCGUGAUCGGUGGGAUCGUGAUCGGCGCCUUCUUCGGCUUCCUGCUGCUGGUCCUGUUGUUGAUCUGCUGCUUCCGCAUCUUCACCGGUGGCGGUGAUGACGACUCCGACUCAGACACAUCUUCGCACGGGCGACGGAGGCGGCGCAGACGUAUCGUGCCGAUCGACCCUUACCGUCACCGCCCUGAUGCGAAUUUGACGUUCGUGGGCGGGGGCAAUCAGCCCGAGACCAAGGUCGUGAUUACCAGGUCGCAGCGGUAUUUCAUUCGUCCGACGACGACCAUCAUUAGGGAGCCUAGGAUGGUCAGGACGAAGGAGACGAGGAGGGAGAGGAUCGUUGUUGUCGGUGAUUGA